UACGCCUCCCUCUUCUGUCCAUCCCAGUACCCAUGUCGUCACCACCACUGCCGGGAAUCCUCAACCCACCCCCGGACCGAUCGACUGGAUAGUGUUAAUCACCACGCAAACGCGGGACGCCCGCCAAGUUUGGAACAAACGCUUCGUGAAAGUAUACUUUUCUUCGCAAACACAUUCGGCUUUUGUCGGCCUCCCCAGAUACUCAGACGUUAGAGCAGCUGUGACGCUCGCCGACACUACUGGUACAUAACGCGUGACAUCGGUUUUUAAAUAUCGAGGAAAACACAAAUUUAACAAUUUGUGCAAUUUAUUUUUUAUUGACAGUUUCGAAACGUUUUUAUUUUAUUCUGUGUAUCGAAAAAAAAUUAUAAAACUACAAAAAUGGUAUCAAAUGCUAUUACCGUUGGAAUCGAAAAAAAAUUUCUUCCGUAAUACAUCAACAGUGUUCAUUAACAUUCGAUAUGUAUGGAUUUACUGCUUAUAAACUACACACGGUUACUCCUAAUCCAUGUCGGUCGUCCGAUACGGGACGAAGGACGUCUGCCACCGUUCAUUUUAAUCCGAAAAUCCCAUUCAAUAGUACAACGGAUCAUGUUUACAGAUCGAAAGAUGACUGGAAACGGAAAAAAUAUCUUAUCGCAGUUGUAAAACUAGAGGCUUUCAAAUCUACUAUUGUACCAUCUUCUGCAACCACGUGUCAUAGACGCGGUGGACAAAAAUAUGCUUUGACAGAACAUAAUACAACUCUUGGACGUGGGUCAAUUCCGAACGAUUACAACAAUGGCCACGAUGAUUAUUUAAGUCACAGACGAUACUCGGCAGACGAAUGCAGCAUAGACACGAGCCGAAAAUCAGUAACUUUUGACCUGUACGACAAGAAACUCUCAGAAAGCAUACACGACGUGCACAAGAAAUUCCACGAGAUCACCGUGUACGAAAACAGCUCCGUCGAAGAAAUGUCACCAGAAAUACCAGAUCCUAGAGUAAGGACACCGCCAGAAUUAGUACGUAUCAAUAUCGACGACCCAGCUGAAUGCAUUAUGCAGAUGUUAAAAGCCGCAAGAGAUAUGGAAUUAGAUACAGUUGUUAAUAUUUUAACAAGUCACGAUGAAGAGUUUUUUAGAAUGAACAUUAAUGAUACAGAUUCUACAGGCCGGACACUGUUGAGCUACAUGGCAUCGAGUGGGAGUGUCGAAAUUGUCGAGGAAAUUUUUAGAGUGCCCGACUUAGAUUAUAAUAAACCAGACAAUGAGGGAAACACACCUUUGCAUUUUGCAUCACAGGCAGGACAUUCUGAAAUUGUUUGCCUGUUAUUGAACAACUGUUUACAACUAGAUAUUGAUGCUAGAAACUGUUUGGGUUUCACACCACUAAUGAAGGCCGCUCUCCAGGGACGCACCAAAUGUGCAAAAUUUCUACUAUACGCAGGCGCGUCGCCCACCAUGCGCGACACCGGCCGGGGCCUGCGCGCUGAACAAUGGGCCAGAUUUUGCGGCCGGUACAACUGCGCGGACGCGAUCGAGAAACUGGCCCGGAACCGGCUGCUGGAACGGACGACAUCGUACGGCCGGUGGGGCAGCGACCCCGAGCUGGGCCCACAUCUGUUGGUCAACGGCAGGCUGAUGCAACCGCCGGCCGCGAUCACGCUGCAGCGGGCCAGCACGCAGCACCAUUCGAUCAAGUCGAAGCUGAAACGAGCGUUCCGCACGUCGUCCAACCCGGACUCGAGCAGCGGCACAGCCAACCAGUACUCACUGGUGUCUCAGCUCACGGGCGCCGCGUUGUGCGCCAGCAGUCCCGCGUUGCCCGUACACACGCGCACCAAACCCAUGGUCAAGUCGUUGCUAAGACCGUUGACCGUGCCAAAGGUGACCGUAACCGGGUUGCAAGAUGUCCAGCAGCAGCAGCAGCAGACGUUUUCCGGCCAAUCGCCCGCCACGUCCAACGGUAAAAAACAGAAGAACAAAAAACGAUGAUGAUCACCACCAUCACGGUAUAUUUGUAUCACGGGUUACGAUUUAUCGUUAUUUAUUAUUAUUAAUAUAUUCACUGAUCGCGA